AUCUCUGCUUUGUUGGCCAGAGCAUUUUGCUUUCCCUGUAUUUUUUUGGGUCUGUGCUUGUGUUUUCUAAAAUGGCUCCAAGGACCGCGGAGCUGGGGGCAGCCUCUGUAACCCGCCUCCCAAAGAACUGGCCAGGAAGUGAGUGUUGUGCGGAGACCUAAAGUGCUGCUUAAGAAGCUGAGCCUGUGAAUGGUCUGGAGACGCAGAAGAAGCCUUUUAUGGUUGACGGCAAACCUCAAGCAUCUUCUCACCACAUCUCCCUCCUCCAGCCCUGCACCUCCCCACAAACAGACGCAGCCUGCUCUCCUAGCAAGGCUGCCGGCAGCAGGCACCUCCAUUCUGUGAGGCUUCAGGAGCCGACUCUGCAGCUACAACAUGAACCUGAAAACUGUCCUCAUCCUCCUGGUUCUGGCACUAGCCACAAUUUUCGCUUUGGUUUGUGUGUUGCUGACUAGAGGAGUGAAACCAGCCACCUGUGAGCCGCAGAGCCUGAGCAGCCAGAAGGGAAAGCACAGCGACCAGAGCCUGGUCUUUGCUGAUCUGACGCCAGAAGAAAUGAAGCAAGUGGUGAUGUAUCUUCAGGAAAACCUUGGGGUGCCAUUGGUAGAUGCCUCUCAAGCAAACCCUUCUGAUAACUGCAUUUACUACGUCGAUGUGCAGCUCCCUACCAAGGCAGAGGCAUUGGGGUUCUUGGAUCGUGGGGGCAGGCGACCCCCCCGGCAGGCGCUGGCUGUGGUGUAUUUCGGAAACCAAACAAACCCGAAUGUCACGGAAUACGUGGUGGGUCCCCUGCCAAAGCCAACAACUCACAGGGAUGUCACAGUGCGGAAGUACAGAGGGAAGCUGCCAUAUCACCGCAGACCAGUGACUGAGAAGGAAUACAAGGAUAUUGACCGCUUUGUCUACCAGGAGUUCUCCAAAGCACCAGGCUUGCUCAGAGUGUGCUGUGAUUAUGAUGAGACCAAUUUUGCUACCCUCACCACAGCCCCCCGGGGGUUCCAGUCAGGAGAUCGUGCCACCUGGUUUGUUCUGUUCCAGAACGUGAAUGGCAGCGGCUACUAUCUGCACCCAGUGGGGCUGGAGGUGCUGGUUAAUCACAGCAGCCUGGACGCCUCCCAAUGGAGUAUAAGCAAAGUGUUCUAUAAUGGCCAGUACUAUGAAGACAUGGAGCAGCUGGAGACUGAGUUCAUACAAGGCCACGUGAAAGAUGUAAAAGUUAAGAAAGUCCAACCUGAUGAGGAAUUUGGUUCCAUGAGGCCCAGAGCAGCCCCCAUGGCACCAGGCCCUUUGCAAUAUGAGCCUCAUGGGCCCCGCUACAGCAUCCAAAACAAUCACGUCAUCUUCCAGUCCUGGAGUUUUGCCUUUGGGAUGGAUGUGAAUACAGGUCCACGUCUCUUUGACAUCAAGUUCAACGGAGAGAGGAUUGUCUAUGAGCUGAGUCUCCAAGAAGCCCUUGCUGUCUAUGGCUCUAAUUGUCCCGGAGGGAUGAUGACUAGAUAUAUGGAUGCGAGCUUUGGCAUCGGCAAGUUUGCUUUUGAGCUGGUCCGAGGUGUUGAUUGCCCCUACACAGCCACCUAUGUGGAUAGACACUAUCUAGUUGAAUCAGAGACCCCUAAAGUUAAUAAAAACUCCUUGUGUAUUUUCGAGCAGGACACUUCAGUCCCGCUGAGGCGCCAUUAUUCCAACUUGCAGUCCCUGUACUAUGGCGGUCUGACUAAAUAUGCUCUUGUUCUCAGGGCCAUUUCAACUCUCAUUAACUAUGACUACGUUUGGGACUUCAUAUUCUACCAGAACGGAGCUAUUGAAGUAAAAAUCCACGCCACUGGCUAUAUUAGCUCAUCCUUUCUCUAUGGUAUAGGCACUGAACAUGGCAGUCGGGUUGGGGAACACACCCUAGGGACAAUGCACAACCAUCUCAUCAACUAUAAAGUAGACUUGGAUGUUGGAGGAACAAAGAAUUCUCUGGUGGCUCAUGACAUGACAUUCGAUACCGUGCAGGCUCCUUGGAGUCCAGAGCACCAGAUACAGAGGCCACGGCUCACCAAGAAAGUCCUGGACACUGAGGACAAGGCUGUAUUCCCACUUCACUCCAAGAUCCCCAGAUACAUCCACUUCACCACAAACCGUGAAAAUAAGUGGGGACACCAGCGCGGCUACAGGAUCCAGAUAGUCAGCUUUGCUGGGGACCAUCUGCCAGAAGCCAGUUCCAUGGAGCGGUCCAUCAGCUGGGGGAGGUACAAACUGGCCGUCACCAAACGAAAAGAGGAGGAGCCGACCAGCACCAGCAUCUACAACCAGAAUGACCCCUGGACGCCCACCGUGGCCUUCGCUGACUUCAUAGACAAUGAGACCAUCGUAAAUGAGGACCUGGUUGCCUGGAUUUCUGUUGGCUUCCUGCACAUCCCACAUACUGAGGAUAUUCCUAACACGGUGACUGUGGGGAACGGAGUCGGCUUUUUCCUGAGACCCUACAACUAUUUUGAUGAAGACCCCUCUGUUCACUCACCUGACAGCAUCUAUUUCAGAAGUGACCAGGACCCUAGCACGUGUGAAGUUAAUCCUGUUGCCUGCCUGUCAAAGACAGCAUCCUGCUCACCAGCCCUCCCCUCAUUCACCUACAAUGGCUUCCAGAACCAGACAGGUCCCUGAGCCACUGACUGCAGGGCCUUGUAAGUGUGCUGGUGAUAGACUGUUCAUUGGGUCAUGUGCUCAGGUUUCCAUCGAAAGCAGCAGUCAGCCCUGGCUCACUGACACCAUAGAUCUGUAGAUGGUUUAUACAGGGCUGUCCUUAGGCAUAUGCAGUAUACGCAGCUGCGUAGGGCACCAUGAAAUUUGGGGGACCAAAUUGCCCCAAAUUUCAUGGUGCCCUAGGCACCUGGGUGCUGCAUACGCGACAGCACUAGUCCCAGUGACCAGCCCUAUCCCUCGGCCGGCACCCCCUGCAAGGGGCAGGGCCGUCCCUGGGGCA